AGCUGACUGCGCGGCCGCCGCGGAGCUCCCGAGUCUCGCCGGGCCGCUCCCGCCGCCGCCGCCGCUGCCGCCGCCGCCAUGGCUCAGUACAAGGGCGCCGCGAGCGAGGCGGGCCGCGCCAUGCACCUGAUGAAGAAGCGGGAGAAGCAGCGCGAGCAGAUGGAGCAGAUGAAGCAGCGCAUCGCCGAGGAGAACAUCAUGAAGUCCAACAUCGACAAGAAGUUCUCAGCGCACUACGACGCGGUGGAGGCCGAGCUCAAGUCCAGCACCGUGGGUCUCGUGACCCUGAACGACAUGAAGGCCAAGCAAGAGGCGCUGGUGAAGGAGCGGGAGAAGCAGCUGGCCAAGAAGGAGCAGUCGAAGGAACUGCAGCUGAAACUAGAGAAGCUGCGCGAGAAAGAGCGCAAAAAAGAGGCCAAGCGGAAGAUUUCCAGCCUGUCCUUCACCCUGGAGGAAGAGGAGGAUGCAGGCGAGGAGGACGAGGAGGCUGUGGAAGAGGAGGAGUUGGAGAGGGAAGAGGUCACCACAAAGAAGAGGAAAUUGGGGAAGAACCCAGAUGUGGACACCAGCUUCUUGCCUGACCGAGAUCGUGAGGAGGAAGAGAAUCGGCUCCGGGAGGAGCUGCGUCAGGAGUGGGAGGCCAAACAGGAGAAGAUCAAGAGCGAGGAGAUCGAGAUCACCUUCAGUUACUGGGACGGCUCAGGCCACCGGCGCACCGUCAAGAUGAAGAAGGGCAACACGAUGCAGCAGUUCCUGCAGAAGGCGCUCGAGAUCCUGCGUAAGGACUUCAGCGAGCUCAGGUCGGCAGGGGUGGAGCAGCUCAUGUACAUCAAGGAGGACCUCAUCAUUCCCCAUCACCACAGCUUCUACGACUUCAUCGUCACCAAGGCACGAGGGAAGAGUGGGCCGCUCUUUAACUUUGACGUCCACGACGACGUGCGACUGCUCAGCGAUGCCACCGUGGAGAAGGAUGAGUCGCACGCGGGCAAGGUGGUGCUGAGGAGCUGGUACGAGAAGAACAAGCACAUCUUCCCUGCCAGCCGCUGGGAGCCUUACGACCCCGAGAAGAAAUGGGACAAGUACACGAUCCGGUGAACAGGAGGCACACAGCCUGGUUCCUCCAGUCCCCCCAUCGUGUCUCCCGGCUGUGGGUGCCCAGCUCCCCUCCCGCGAUGUGCCACUCCAAGGAGGACAGGACUGACCCCCUGACCCUGGCAUUCUCAGCAUUCGUCUCAUGACAAAAAAAUGUCUACAUUGGAGCUGGAGUGACCGUGCGGUUUUGUUUUUUUAAAAAAAAAAGCAACACUUUUUUGUUAGAUAAGAUUCAUAUAAUGUAAAAUACACCAUUUUGACCAUUUCACAGUCUGGAACCCACAGGCGGUUUGUAUAUUCACCGGGUUGUGUAAUCACGAGCUUUAGUUCCAGAACAUUCCAUCACCCCCAAAAGAAGCCCAUCCCAAUGAGCAGUCUCUCAUCUUUCCCCUCCCUCCAGCCCCACCCCCCCUUCUGUGUCUCUGUGUCUCCGCUGACCUAUUCUGGAUGGUACAUGGACGUGGACUCAGUGUUUCUGGUCUUGUGUCUGCCGCGAAAGCGUGUUUGGCAGGGCUGGGAUGCUGGGGGGAGGUCGGCAGAAACAUGAGUCUGGAGGCAGAAGGAGGCAUUUGUGACCCACUG